AUGAACUCACCGGAGAUUUCUUUUCAAAUCGACAAAUUAUUCCAUUCUGAUUUCAAUGAUCGUAUCGAGUCGCUGCAAACUGCAGUUCAGGCUCAACUUGAAUUGGUUUCGAAAAACAGUGCAUCUUUGCAACAAAUAGUCCAUUCGAUUCCAAUUAUCUUUCGUUGUCUUAGAAAUAACCUGCAGUCUCAGCAAAAACUCUUCGCUGAAUACAAUGAGCUAACGCACAUUAGCCAGAAAGUAAUCGCCAUUUGCACUCAGUAUAUUCAUGAUCGUCACGACCAUGAGAAUAGACUUCUUUUCAUCAAAGAUAAAAUUUCUCAAACGAUUGGACGCAUUGGUUAUGGUCAAUAUUGUUUAGAACAACAUUGGACGAUGAUUCAUAGUUUAGAACAAGAAAUCGAACGUUUACAACUGUUACUCAGCAAUCCUCAAUUGCUACAAGACAACCGAGAACGAGUGCGAACUUUUCAAGAAAAUCAGAAGAUUAAACUGGAUCGACUUAUCAAAGAAAAUGAACAUCUGAAAAAUCUAAUCCAUCAACGGAAAGAUUCGAUACGAUCGAUGCAACUACAAAUUGAAAUAGACAUUCAAGAAUUGCGAACAUUGCAGUCAGUUUUACACAAGAAAAAAUUCGAGCAAAAACAUGUUCAGAAACAUUUACUACAACUAGACAACCAAAGUUCUCAUCUAAAGAACGUUAUGAAACAAACGCACAACAUGGAAAAUGAAUAUUACGAUCGCAUGAAACAGACGACGUACCAGCACGACCUUAUGCAAAAACAACUGGAUUCUUUGAGUGACACCUAUGAGCAAACGAAUCAAAAACUAUCUACGAUCGAAACUAAUGAAACCAAUAUCAAACACGAAAUUGAGAAUGUGGAAAAGAAGAUAAACACAGAGCAAAUAAAUUUGAUGAUCUAUCGUGAACAAAUCACCAAUCUGCGACAGGAAUCAUUGCAACUUACUGACCAUUACCUUCAUCUUCGUCAUCUUGUCAAAUCGAAAAAGCACACGAACUCUGUUCUGGAUCGCAAGUGUCAAUCGCUCGAACAUAAUCAACGUAAAUUAGCAGAUCGUGUAAGAAACUUAGCGAAUCGACUCAUGCAAACAGUUGAACACAAUCAGCAAUACGAACAUCUCAUUCAAAUAAAUCUUUCGCACAUGGAAGAUCAUCAAUAUAGAACAACGAAAAUGCAAAUGAGUUUGAAGAAAAUCACACAUGUCAAUAAUAAUCUCGAAAAAAUUCUGCGUGAAAAUCGAUUGAUUCGUUCGAGUGAACAAGAUAAACUACAUUCAAUGAAGCAACUUUCAUAUCAAAAACACAAGCAGCUGAUUCAACAUACCAAACAUCUUCAUAUUUUAUUCAUUGAUCAGCACCGAUUGACAAAUAAUAUUAUUCGCAAUUCUCUCGAUAUCGUUCGGUUCAAUUCAAUUUGUCAUGAGUUUAUUAAGACUGAAAAGUACUUCGAACAAAACAUACGAACGAAGAAAACUGAACUGAUGAACCAUGAGAAACACCGUGCAUCACUAAGUCGUGAUCUUCAUGAUAAUGUCAAUAGAAUUCAUUUUCUAACGAAAAAGAAUCAGUUAAUUGAAAAUGAACUUCAGAGUAAAAUUGAUCAGUUUAAAUCACUACAACAUUAUGAUCUUCAACAAAAGCAUCAUCGACUGGUACUUUUCAAUAAAAAACAACUAGCAAUGUACUCUUCCCAACAGAAAGCAAUGAGAGUCGAUGAAUUGCACAAAAAGUAUGAUCAAUUAGAAAAAUUAUCUGAUACUGAAAUAAAUCGGAUAAGAAAGAAAGAGCAAGAGAAUGAGCAGUUAAAAUCUGAUAUUCAACGACUUAAACAACAGAUAGCCAAUAUGAUCAGUAGAAAUAAACGUCAGAUCGAUGAAUCGUCGUUGUUGCAUGAAAAAAUUCGUUUGUACACUCAAAUUAAUGAUGGCAUAAACCAACAAGAGCAGCAAUAUUCAUGCCAUGUUCAUCGAAUGACAAGACGCAUUAUAGAUUUACAACAGAAAAACAAACGAUCAUCAGAUACAGUUGGGAAUCUACAGAGAAAAUCGUUAGAUAUAGUGACCUCUCACUAUAAUCAAGUUCAACAAAAAGUGAACAUCCAUCGUAUGAAUCAAAUUAUAUCGGAUCGAUCUAUAAGCGUUCGAAAUCAAUCAGUACAGAUGAAUGCUGAGAAAAUUCUCAAUGCCUAUUCAACAUCUGUAAAUCAAUUAGUCAAGAUCAUUUAUCAAGUUGUUCAAUGGCGAGAAAAAUUAGUUUGGAUAACUCAACUAUAUUUUACAAAAAUGACAAAAGUACAGCAGCAAAUGAAAUUAUUAGCAGGAAACAAUGAAAUGAUCUUACGAAAUAGAAUCAAUUCCGAAAUCCGACAAUGCAAAGCAAUGAAAGCUGAAUUUUAUAUGCAGACAUUGUCAUUGUCUGCUCAAAGCGAUGGAACCUAUUUAUAA